AAGUUCAAACCCUUUGACGACAUCAAGGGAGGUUGGUAACCCAAAUAUAAAAACAAAAACAAAAACUAUAUGAAAUGAGAUAAUGUAGUCCACCACCACACUAAUCUCCCCAUCACGCCUGUUUCACCGCCGUCUUCCUUCGUCGGUGAUUCACAACUCCGGUUUAGUCUCAUUUUGCUUCAAACAUUCAUCAAAAACCCUACUUUUCACCCAAAGAUUUUAUCUCCGCCGCCGAGUGCCAAGUGUCUCCUGAUCUACGCCCAAAUCCUUACAUGGCUACGGAGGCUACCACCGCUCCCAAAUUCCAGGAACCAGAUCUCCGAACGGUCUCUCAGUCACCGGAUGUUAAACAGGAAACCGCUCAUGACGGUCUUAAAUUCUGGCAAUUCAUGAUUGCCGGUUCGAUUGCUGGUUCCGUUGAACACAUGGCGAUGUUUCCCGUCGAUACCGUGAAGACCCAUAUGCAAGCUCUCCGACCAUGUCCGUUAAAACCCGUCGGAAUCCGACAAGCCUUCCGUUCGAUAAUCCAAAAGGAAGGACCUUCAGCUCUAUAUCGCGGGAUUUGGGCUAUGGGUCUCGGCGCUGGACCUGCCCACGCCGUUUACUUCUCAUUCUACGAGGUAUCGAAGAAGUUCUUAUCCGCCGGUAAUCAGAACAAUUCCGCCGCUCAUGCGAUCUCCGGCGUUUUCGCAACUAUAUCAAGCGAUGCUGUUUUUACUCCCAUGGAUAUGGUGAAGCAGAGGUUGCAAAUGGGUGAAGGGACUUAUAAAGGAGUUUGGGAUUGUGUCAAGAGAGUUAUGCGUGAGGAAGGGAUUGGUGCGUUCUAUGCUUCUUAUAGGACGACGGUUUUGAUGAACGCGCCUUUUACUGCUGUUCACUUUGCGACUUACGAGGCUGCCAAGAAGGGAUUGAUGGAGUUUUCUCCGGAAAGAGUUAAUGAUGAGGAAGGUUGGUUGGUUCAUGCCACCGCUGGAGCUGCUGCUGGAGGAUUGGCAGCUGCUGUCACUACGCCGCUUGAUGUUGUCAAGACGCAGUUGCAAUGUCAGGGUGUGUGUGGAUGCGACCGCUUCACUAGUAGUUCAAUCAGCGAUGUACUGAGAACGAUAGUGAAGAAAGACGGAUACAGAGGACUUCUAAGGGGAUGGCUACCGAGAAUGCUCUUCCAUGCUCCUGCUGCAGCAAUCUGUUGGUCAACUUAUGAAGGGGUCAAAUCUUUCUUUCAAGACUUGAAUGGCGAUUCAAACACUACCUGAAAAAAAUGACAAAGGGUUAGGAGAUUUUCACACUUAAGGAUCCUGCUUUUCUUUUUGUUUGUAAACUAGUUUUUGUCAGGUUUUCUACGACUGUUAUGUUAGAUUAUAUUUGUCCAACUUGUCGAUGAUGCUGUCGUCGUCGAGAAAUUUUGGUAAAAGUUGUACAAAACUAUGUUCCUUCCAAACCUUACAAUAAUCACUUAACAAAACAUACACAUGCCAGACUUUAAACGA